ACCCCCCCUCCUACUGCGGAAUGGAAGCGGCCGCUCCCGGCCCCCAGCCUGGGGAAUGGGAUCGCUCGCCCCGCCCUCUCUUUUCCAGCUUUGCAUCUUCUGCUGUGUGCGCUUUGGCCGGGGGGUGCGGGGGCAGGGGACUGGGGGCUCGUGGCGAUGCCUUCGACCUCCCUAGCCCAGCCCCCCGGUCCCACACGCGGUAGACUCCGCUGUUGCGGAUGAGUGACGGAUGAAUGAGAUGGGAGUGGCUCAAGUUUAUUUAUUCACUUGUCAGAUGCGUACUGAGCUCCUUCGGUGGGCGCGCCCCAUCUCAGGACCCCUGAGCUCGACCCCUGAGCCUCAGCGUCCGGUCCCUUACAUGUUGUCCAUUCAGAGUGCCACUUGGGGAUAUGGUAGUGGGUCAGCGAAAAGACUAGUGUUGGGCCCCGGAACAUUUGGGGAUGGUGCACCCAGCACUAGAGAGAUAAGGACCCAAGAUCAGAUAGGGGAGGGAAAUGCUGGGGCGUCGUCGCGAGGCGCAGGGUGGCACCAGCAGGCCCUACAGGGAGUACCUGACUGGCUUCCAUAAGCGCAAGGUAGAGCGGAAGAAGGCAGCCAUUGAGGAGAUCAAGCAUCGGCUCAAGGAGGAGCAGAAGAAGCUCCGGGAAGAGCGCCAUCAGGAGUACUUGAAGAUGCUGGCCGAGAGAGAGGAGGCUCUGGAGGAGGCGGACGAACUGGACAGGUUGGUGACAGCAAAGACAGAGUCGGUGCAGUAUGACCAUCCCAACCACACGGUCACCGUGACCACCAUCAGCGACUUGGACCUCUCGGGCGCUCGGCUGCUUGGACUGGCCCCUCCUGAGCAAGCGGCUGAGCACGGGGCCGAGGAAGAGGCGUCCACGGAGAAGCUGACCAGAGCCUUACCCAGGAAGUCCAGAGAUCCCCUCCUGUCCCACCGGAUCUCUACUCUCACUGCCUCGCUGCAUGCGCACAGCCGCAGAAAGAGCAAGAGGAAACCCCUGCGCCACGCCCGAGACGCCACCAAGAAGCCCCCAAGCGCCACUCGCACGAGCAAGACGCAGCGCCGCCGGCUGACGGGCAGAGCCCGGCACAGCGGAGAGUGAGCCCCUUGGAUCAGACCACCUGGGCCUUUGAGUGCGGUCCCGUCUCCGCCCUGUGGCCCCGGGUUGGACACUGGCUCCUCUCUGGCAGCUACCCCCCCCCCCCCCCCCCCCCCCCCCCCCCCCCCC